CAUGUCACCUCUCGAUCGCCUACAGAAGCUUGCCUCACACUUCACGUCUGCAAAUCCAGUACCAGGUUCCGAUAACGGUAUACAACCCGGCGAUAGUCAUGAAUACCACCACGGAAACAACUUCCACUCACUGAGCCCUUCGGCAUUUCUGUGGAGAGCAGCAUGCAUUGAACCAAAUACUACUGCCAUAUAUCACAAAUCCGCCUCUGACUUAAUCCUCCGACGAUCUUACCUUGAAACCGCCCAUCGAGCUCGCGGACUUGCCUAUUUCCUAUUGAAACACUCGUAUAAGCGCGUCGGAAUCCUUUGUACCAACACGCCGGCUUUCCUCGAAUCUAUGUUUGGUAUAGCUGCUGCUGGCGCCGUAUCCGUGGGAGUAAACUACCGCCUUAAAACGGACGACAUUGCGUACAUAUUUGACCAUGCAGAUGUAGACUUGAUUAUUGUAGACAAAGAAUUUAGAGACCUACUCACGAAGUUCGAAACCACGGACAAGGGUGCACAGGUGAAGCUUCUUGUCGACACCGAUACUGAUGGGCAAGAAGGAGGAUACGACAAAGCUGUCCAGGAAGGGUUGGAGUACGAUCGUGAAACAGGGAGCAACGGAUGGGGUGGACUAGAAACUCAGACAAAGGAUGAGAACAGCGUGAUUUCUUUGGCAUACACGAGUGGGACGACAGCAAGACCCAAAGGUGUGGAGUACACUCAUCGUGGAUGCUAUCUUGCAGCGUUGGGCAACGUUAUUGAGUCUGGCCUCAAUUAUCACACUGGGCGUGCAAAAUACCUAUGGACUUUACCAAUGUUCCACGCAACGGGAUGGACGUUCCCUUGGGCUGUAACAGCAGUACGGGGUACCCACUAUUGUUUACGGAAAAUUGACUACAGCGAAAUCUGGCGACUACUUAAGACGGAGGGAAUCACCCAUUUCAACGCCGCUCCCACAGUCAACACGUUGCUCUGCGCUUCGAAAGAAGCGGAGAGACUACCACAAUCUGUGCGUGUCACUGUCGCCGCCUCUCCACCAUCUGCGUGGCUCUUCGAACAAAUGACGAACCUAAAUCUACAUCCAGUCCAUGUCUACGGUCUGACGGAGACUUACGGUCCCAUAACGAAAGGCUAUCACAUGCCAGAAUGGGAGGAGAUGGAUGUCAAGGAGAAGUACGCAAAGAUGGCACGACAAGGGCAUGGGUUUGUGACAGGCCUUCCUGUUCGCGUAAUCAAGACAGGCGAUGAUGUAAAGGAGGGUGAAUUGAUCGAAGUAAAGAAAGAUGGGAAGGAGAUUGGAGAGAUCGUAUUUGAAGGCAACAUUUGUGCAAAAGGGUACUUCAAGGAUGCGGAGGCUACCAGGAAACUCUGGGCGGGUGGCGUGAGCCACUCCGGAGACCUCGCUGUUUGGCAUCCAGAUGGAGCGAUUCAAAUCCUGGACCGUGCAAAAGACAUCAUCAUCUCCGGUGGUGAAAACAUCUCCUCCGUGGCUCUCGAGUCUAUGCUCGCUACUCAUCCUUCCAUUCUUGAAGUUGGCGUCGUCGCAGUUCAAGAUGAGCAAUGGGGCGAGCGACCGAAGGCAUUCAUCACGGUCAAGGAAGGUGAAAGCACCAGAGGAGAGGACGUGAUCGACUGGGCGAAACAUAAGAGCGAUAUCAGCAGGUUUAUGGUACCUAGAGAGGUGGAGGUGGUGCCCGAGUUGCCCAAGACGAGCACGGGGAAGUUGAAAAAGAAUGUGCUCCGGGAUUGGGCCAAAGGAAAGAGAGAUGCCGAGUAGAUGUUUUGUUACUAAGUUGUUGUAGAAUGACUGGUAAUAUUUCAUGAUCGCCAGUAUCAUAGUUCUUCUUGCAGUACAUAUGUACCUACUUCAGUACUCAGUGUCCACGUCGAUUGGCCGAUUAGUUGUGUUGCAAACGAUCAUCCUUUGAGGGCCGUGUUCGACAUGGUCUUCCACGAGUCUUCAAUU